CUCUACGAGAAGUUGGCUACAGGGUAUUGUAAUUUACUCGGCAUCGGAUCAGAGCGUAUGUGUUCCCCCUGGAUGAUUUAAUUUAGUUGCUUGUAAUAUGAAGUGUUUGUGAGAUUCGUGUUUAUUGGACAGGCAUUCAAGGAUUAUUGGCCGUUUUGUGUCGUUUACGCGUAAUAUUACGGAGGUCAAUUGUAAACUAUAAGUACAAUAAUAGCACUCGAAUUUUCAGUAUUGUUCUCCGGAUCAAAUUAGGAUUGAGUUCGUCACCAAAUAAAUCGGGCGUGCACCCUUUUCAAACAACGACAGAACAUUCGUGUGCAAAUAUUCAUAGCGUUGCAUGAAGAAUUCAAAUAAGAAAUUAGUUUAUAUCUUUAUCCAGUGAAGUAAUCUCAACGGUUGAUAGGUGUAUGGAAAAUGAAUACAUCGCUGAAAAUGUGUAAUUCAGGUGAUUUUUCAAUUGGAUUUUAUCGGAUAGUUGCAGUCGUUCUUUUGCUAAUAAGCUCAUUUGGCUCGCAAGCGCAGACAGAAACUUUCCGAAUCGCGGGCCUGUUCGAACCCAAGAACGAGCACCUCGUGCUUGCGCUUCAGAACGCCGCUACCAAGGUCAACAUGCACCAGCUGCUGGGGCCCAGUCGCAUCAUAGUUGUUGACAUGGAGUACUUGGAGGGCGACAACAGCUUCGAGGCCAACAAGAAAGUGUGUCGUCAGAUGCGCGGCGGAAUCGCGGCCAUAUUCGGCCCGGUGUCAGAGAUAUCUCGUGCACACGUACAAGGUCUCAGCCAGGCGUUCGAGAUCCCGCACCUGCAGGCGGCCUGGGACGCCCGAAACCCCCGGGAGGACUUCAGCAUCAGCGUCUACCCCGACCACGAGGUUCUGUCGGGAGCUUACGCCGACCUGAUCAAGUACUGGAAGUGGACGCAGUUCACCGUGAUCUAUGAGGAUAAUAAUAGUCUGAUCCGUCUGCAGAAGAUCCUGGAGUUGGCACGUGGCGAGGAGUUCACGAUGAAGGUGCGACAGUUACAGGGCGGCACUUCCGGUUAUAUCUCCAUGCUCAAGGAUAUGCACGAGAAGCUCGAGUACCGGAUGGUCAUUGAUUGUUCGGUGGAGAAAGUGUUGGAUAUUCUGGAUGCGGCGAACUCCCUCAAUAUGGUCAACGACUACUUCCAUUUUCAUUUUACAUCGCUGGAUAUUUCACAACUGGACCUUGACCGGUUUGCCCAGAAAGGCGCCAACAUCACAGCCAUGCGUUUGAUUCGGCCCUCCAGCCCGGAAGUGGUAAACAUCUACAACGAAUGGGCCAACAGAGAGUCGAAUACUGUGCGAUCACCCCUACUCGGAAUGAGAGCAAUAGCGACGGAGACAGCGCUCAUGUACGACGCCGUGAACCUGUUUGCGCGUGCGCUGUCCAGCCUGUCCAAUCAGCAGCUCCAGACGGAGGAGCUACAGUGCGGCAAGAAGGAGACGUGGAAGAAGGGAGCUAACCUGCUUAACUACAUCAAAUCAUUGGAGUAUCACGGUCUGUCGGGGAAAAUCCGUUUCGAGGAGGGUCGACGGAAAGAUUUUAAUCUGGACGUCAUUAGCCUGACAAAUAAGGGUAUAACAGAGAUCGGUUCAUGGAACCGGAAGUCCGGCGUGAACAUUUCCGUGACCGUUCAGCAACAAGAGCAAGACGAUCUGACGAGGCUGCGUAACAUGACGUUACGUGUGGUCACCAUCUUUGACCCCCCAUAUGUCAUUAAGAGGAAUACCACGGGUGAAAACGGUCGAUAUGAAGAGGGCUUUAUUAUUGACCUCAUGGAGGAAUUGUCAAAGUCCCUGGGCUUCAAAUACGAAAUCUAUGAGCAGCACAAAAAAGCCUACGGAAGCGAACAAAAGGACGGCAAAUGGGACGGAAUGAUCGGAGACUUGAUUGAGAGGGAUAGCGUUAACAAAGCGGAUUUAGCCGCGGCGGGACUUACAAUAACCUACGAUCGGGCAAGGGUGGUGGACUUUACAAUGCCGUUUCUCAAUCUUGGCAUCACCAUCAUCUACAAGAAGCCGGAAAAGAAACCGCCGGCUCUGUUCUCCUUCCUGUCGCCCCUGUCCAUUGACGUCUGGAUCUACAUGAUCGCCGCCUACCUCUGUGUCAGCUUUAUGCUCUUUGUUAUAGCAAGAUUCACGCCUUACGAAUGGGAGAAUCCACAUCCGUGCAACGAAGACUCGGAGGUGGUGGAGAACCAGUUUACGAUCCUCAACAGCCUGUGGUUCACCAUCGGCUCUCUCAUGCAGCAAGGCUCCGACAUAGCGCCUAAGGCCGGGUCUAGCAGGUUGGUAGCCAGCACGUGGUACGUAUUCACCCUGGUCAUAGUUAGCUCGUACACCGCCAAUCUGGCAGCGCACCUGACCAUCCGCCGCUUGGAGGCGCCAAUCAAGAGCGCAGCCGACUUGUCGCAGCAGACAGCAAUCAAGUACGGGACGCUUAAAGCGGGAGCCACUCGAAACUUUUUCAAGAACUCCAAUCUGACGGUGUUCAAACGUAUGAAUGCGUACAUGGAGGCAAACGCGGACUCUAUUCUGGUUGACAGCAACAAAGACGGGUUCGAGCGGGUCGUCAAGAGCAACUACGCGUUCCUGGCCGAGUCCACGUCGAUCGAUUACCAAAUACAGCGCAACUGCGAUCUCAUGCAAAUCGGGUCCGAUUUGGACACUAAGGGAUACGGCAUCGCAGCACCGAAAGGUUCGCCUUGGAUUGGCCUCAUCUCCCGCGAGAUUGUGCGUUUCCAGCAGCAACAGGUAAUCCAGGGCAUAUACAAGAAGUGGUGGGUCGACCAGGCGGGAAAAGUGUGCAAGACCGACGACGACGAAGAUGCCGCCGCAAGCGCUGCGCUCGGAGUUCGUAAUGUUGGAGGGGUGUUCGUUGUUUUAGCCGGCGGAUCAAUAUUUGGACUUCUGGUUUCAAUAUUGGAGUUUCUCUGGAAAGUUGGAAAGAAUGCGCGCAAAGAUAAGCAAUCGUUUUGGUCGGAAUUCACCGAAGAGCUUCGAUUUGUGGUUCGAUGCAAGAGUUCCCGGAACCUCUCGGCAGAUUGCGGAAAAUCUCGAAAGGACACGGACGCGCAUAACGGGGUCCGAUACUCGCCAGCCAACACUAUGCCUUCCUUUGACAAACACAGGGACGUCUUAGAAUGAACAUGUAUGCACUCUGCAGCCUGUGAUAUUUUAUGAAAUGUUAAUGCAACUUGAAAUGCGUGAGACUUGCUAUGAUACAAUAUGUACCAGUGUCUUAUUCCUUUAUGAGCCGAAAACAAAAACCUGACCCAUCAUAAUUAAAGUAUCUUUACUUUUUGUUGUUGAAAUUUCGACGACUGCGAUUGAAAUAUUAUUUUUUCCACAAAUGGUUUAGAAAACAAAUAAACUGGAUAAAAAUAACUGUGUCAACAAACGUUUUACGUAUGUUUUAAUUAAUGUUUUAAUUAAAUUGUGCAUUAUAAUUAAGUUGAAGUGUGCAACGAACUAGUAUUUAUGCAAUACACGGCCGUGUCCGGAUAAUUGAUAACGCUCAGGUGUUAGGGUGGGUUUAUUUUGAGUAUUUAAAAAUAUAGCAUAUGUUUUGCCAUUCGUUUUCAAGUUGCGUGACUUGUUUUCCCUUGAAGCCAGCAACCAAAGGAAAUUCGUGUGUUAUAAAUAAACGAUACCGUUUUACAUAGUUCAAUGAAAUUGCAGUUGGUAAAAUAUAACAUGUGAUAAUAUAUUCAUCAGUCUUAAUUCGAUUAUUACAAACGAAUCCAAACUAAACGCCCAUCAAACUUCAUAGUACUAUUGUGUGGUUUGUAUUUUGACACCAAAACGUGCAACAUGUUAUUCUUGUUUCUGCAAUUCGAAUUUCAAAAAUAUCUAGGAAUAAUAUUCUUUAGUUUUAUUUAACUUAAACGCGUGCAUGUACGUGCUGGUAUAUUGAGUACGACAAUUGGUUUGUGGUGAAAGCAAGAAUACGUUCAAAUUUUCGCAGGAAAUGUAAUCUGUCAUAUGCGGUCUAAUGCAGAGGCUUCGUUUGCUUAAAAAUAAUCAUUGAUAAGUUGACAUGCCGUUUAAAUAUUUUUAUUUGUAUGUUUAUAGCAACGUACCUAAAUGAAUAAUAUCAUUGCUGUAUUACAACAUUUUAUAGUUAUUUAAACACUCAUUACGCACAUUAAGAAAAUUAAAUUAACUGAAAUGGGCUUUAUAAUCUAUGUGAAUACGUUUCUGGUAUAUGUUAAAAAGAUCGUGAAUAGAGCUAUUUGGAUUUGGUAAUAACGAUAUGUUCGUCUAAUUGGACGUUUCUAAAAAUUUGUUUCAUUAUGUGUUUUAUUUUAUACGUGAAAACGUUUGUUUUCAUUUGCGGUGUCUUGGUAAUUUUUAUGUGUAUACAUAUUAGCCUUGCUCUGUGAAAAGGGGGUUUAAUACAGCGUAAAGUGUCGUCCCUGAUUAUCAGGUACAGUCCGGGUUUAAUACAGCGUACAGUGUCGUCCCAGAUUAUCAGGUGCAGUCCGGGUUUAAUACAGCGUAAAGUGUCGUCCCAGAUUAUCAGGUGCAGUCCGCACAGGCUUAUCAGGGAUAACACUUUCUGCCUAAACUAGAUUUUUGCUAAGAAGAUACUUUCUUUAAACAGAAAAUACCAUACACGCGGAAAGUGUCGUCCCUGGCUAAUCCGCACAGGAUAAUCUGGGACGACACUUUUCGCACAUGUUUUAAACACCAUUUCAACAGAGCGGGCUCAUAUAUAAGAUUAUCCCAUGAAUGUAUGUGUACAGAGGUCAAUUUGACAAAAUGAUAUUUUUAUAAAACCCGCCAUUCCCAUGUUUGUUCUAUGCAUAAUAUGUGUAAAUAAUGUAUAUAGUUACUUUGCUUAAGUCUGUAUUUUUCUUUGUUUUGGGAUAUUACCAACAAAUCUGCAUGUACCUGCUUAAACGGUUAUGGUAUAAAGCCAAUUAAUUAUUUCAACGAAUUCAGCAUUCUGCUUCUUUCUCAUUAACGUCUGCUCAUUAGUACAUGUCGUUAAAAUUUCUGGAAAAACGCGAACAAUAUUUAGACAUAUAAGUGAACUACAACUUUUUCAAAAUAUUUAAACAAAGAGUUGGUAAAAUAAUGUUUUUAUUUUUUGGCGUGCUCGUGUAGUACUUAGCAGACAGUUUUAUUUUGCUGCAAAAUAAUAAACCUAGUUUCAACCAAUUUUUAUUGAAUUGUACUGAAUAUAUGUGUAUACAUAAUAUAUGUAUUUAUCUCUGAUUUUGCCUGAAAAAUAAGCUGCCCAUUCAGCAAUCUAUAUGUUUAUUUAUGAGCAUAAUUGUAGGUAUCAUGGCAGCGUUAUCAUUAAUUGAACUUUUAAUGACUUUAGCUUGUGCUUAUUAAACCUUUAAACUAUAUUUGGACACCCAUUUUUUUACAAUGAACAUACACGUUUAAUGUUUUAACACUUUAUUUGACAUAACUAAGUUGAUAUAGUUGAUAUAGCAGUAAACAACCGCUGGUAGCUUAACUAACCUUCGAAGUUCUAACCAACUGCGCUUAGAAGGUAAUAACGUGAAGAGUGAAAAUACAAUGAUUAAAUAAGUGCAUAGUUGGACCGUGAUCUGUGAAAAGGGUUUUUAAUGCAUGUGCGGAAAGUUUCGUCCUAGAUUUGCCUGUGCAGUCCGUACAGGCUAAUCAGGGACGACACUUUCCGUCUAAACUUGGUUUUUUUUUUAAGACGAGACUUUCUUUAAACUAAAAAUAUCCUAAAAGCUGAAAGUGUCGUCCCUGAUUAGCCUGUGCGGACUGCAAAUGCUUAUCUGGGACGACACUUUAUAAGCACAUGCAUUAAACCACAUUUUCACAUAGCACGGCCCAAGUAUGUUUACAAUUAACAUAACAUAUAUGAUAGUGUGUAAUUAUAUAGAAUGGUAUUAAAUUCGACAAAACGUAAUGGAUUAAUAAAGUGAUAAUUAUA